UGGGGUGGCCGGGGAAUGGAUGAUGAGCCCUCUAAAAUCGCCCACGGCUGGAGGAGCAACAACAAACGCAAACAGAUUGUUCUGUUGCCAGGCCUACCCUCUGUACAUAUACGCAAAGACAAGUAUAUGUUAUACCCCUCCAAAUGUUCCACCUGCUCAUCGUCGUCGUUGUCGUCCACGUCGUCGUCCUUCUCUGCCCAUGCGCAGUGUUCUGGCGUUCAAAUUUCAAUGCAUUCAAAGCUGCAGUUUCGAGCUUUUCCCGUUUGCCACACACAAAUUUUGAUUUCAGUUGUGAUUUUCUUUUGGCACACCAGGUGCAACAUUGUGCAAAUAUUGAAAUUGUGCAAAUAUGGGAAUUAUGCCGUAUUAAAGUUGUCGACGACCAGCAGCAACAGAACAACAACAGCAGCGUCAGCAUCAGCAUCAGGAGUAACGAUGUCUGUUCAAUUGGCUGUUGUCGUGGCUGCUGUUGCCUAUCUGGGACUGGGUCUCAUUGCCUCAGUCCAUGCAACGCCGCAGCAUGCCGCCUACUCUCUCCAGGCGGCAGUCGAUGAGCUGCAUCGCCGCGAGGCUGCCAAGUAUCCGCUCAACGCUCCGCCACCCUCCAGUCAUUACGGCGCGGAUCCUCUGGACGAUUGGGACGAAGAAAGCGAUUUAUUUGGCACUGGCAACAAGUAUAAGAAUCGGAAUCGCCAUAGAAUAAAUAAGGCAAUUGCCAAGUACUUAGAGCGCGAUAAUGAUAAUGCUAAGAACUAUGACAUGGGUCUGGGCUCGCCAUUUGCCGGUUAUGAGUUCGAUGAUGAGCGCGACCAGCAAACGAAUCCCAAUCCUAAUUCAAAUCUCUUUGUGGACGAAAAACGCAAGCGCUCCUCGUCGCCCUUUAGGGAACGUGACGAGCAGUACGACGCCGCCGCACCAGUUGCCGCCGCUUCAUCCGUCUUCCGUGAACGUGAGAACCUGAACAACAAUGCCGCCGCCGCCGCUGGAGAUGCAGCCAGUCACAGUGAGUUGACCGAGCAGUUCUUGAGGGAGAUUGAGGAGGCCAGCGAGCAUGAGCGUCAGGAUCGUUACAAGGCCGCUUUGAGGCAGCUCUGGGAGAAGUAUCAGCAACAGGAGAACGAACUGCUUGCCAAUGGCGAUCAAGAUGAACAGGAGCAACAGCAACAGCUCUUUGAGCAGAAGAAACGCAUGCGGAUGCCUCCAUACUAUCUGUUGAUGCAGAAGAAACGCUCGUAUCCGGUGCUGCCCUGGUUGCCCUACAAUGGCGAUAAGAAGAAGCGAUUCCCCGUGGCCAAGCGCGCUGUUGCCGAGUCCCCGUUGGCCAAGACCGAUGAGCGUGUGGCCCAGGAGCUCAGCGAACUCUUUGGCAAGCCCGCCAGCGAACAACAGUCGGAGGAGAAGAAGAAACGUUCGACCGAGGAACAAACCAAAGCCGCGUCCACAACUCAUCAGCCGGAGACAGCAGCCACCGCCACAGCUUUGGGUGAUAUGCGUCUAGAGAUCAACUUUCAGCGAGUGAACGUCACGAAUGCGGCUCCAAAGGAGACACCAACAGCAGCGCCAGCCAAGGCAGUUGGCACUCCCGAGAUUGUCAUGCAUGGUGGACACACUGGACACCAUCGCAAGCGCAGCGAGCAUCACUCGGAUGAGGAGUACGGCGAGCACGAUGAACACGAUGGUGAGGGAGAGGGAGAAGAAAGUUCCGAUGAGGAUGAUCAUGAUGAGUUCGACGAGGAUGACGAAGCCGAGGGCGAGGGUGAAGGCGAUGCUGGCGAGCGACGACGCAAGAAGAAACGUGCUGCCAAUGCCAAACAUGUUCAUAGUCCAACUGUUGGUCACUUGAUGCUGCGUGCCAAGAAAUCCAUCGAUUGGUCCCAAUACUUUGGUCUCGAUCGCAAGAAGAAAUCUGAGCAGCUGUCAGAAGCCGAAUUAAAGAAGGACAGCAAAGAGGAAGUCGAAGAGGAUGCCCAGAAGAAGAAGAAGCGCGAACUUGAUCCCGAGAAGCUGGAGAGCAUGGACAAGAAGUUGCAGUCCAUCGAGGACUUCAUCAUUGAUGAGACCAUCAAGUAUACGGGUGCACACGAGGGCAUCAACAACCAGGAGGAGAUUCGAAAGCUCAAGGAGCAUGUGUUGGCACGCCUAGCGACCGCUUAUAGUCUGGAAAAGAUGCGUCGGGCACUGGAUAAGCUGCGUCAGUCCGUAGAUGCUGAGAAUCAUCUGUUGCGCAAUGUCAUUGAAUCCGAUUCGGACGAGAACACAUUGGAUGAGCACUGGCCAUCGAAGCGCUACAGCGUAAAGAAGGAGCAGGCCGAUGAACUGGCAGAAGACCUGCAACAGUCGAAGAAGAAGCGCAGCGGUUACAUGCGUUAUCCGGAUCCGCCCAAUGCCAUGGAGGAGGCCAUGAGCUUGAAUGGUGCGCCCUACGAGGCCCUCAACGAUGCCUACUUGGGCAACAAGAACUACAUCAUUGGUUCCAAUCAAUGUCCCGUUAUCGAGUCCAUGGCGGAGCGUUGCCGUAGUGUUGAUCUCAUUUCCGGAGAUUUGAACCAAGAACUUCUUCCACUCUGCGGCGUCCAUCAGAUUUGCUAUCUCUGCGGCACUUCGCAAGUAGCCUGCGAUUAUCAGUAUUUGGCCGAGGCGGACUCCAUCUGUGGCAGCAGCAACGAAUGCCAGGCUGCAGCUCGCUCCGUGCUGAUGAUCCUGCGUGGUACUCCCGGACGUCAGCUGGGUCCACGUGAAUGUUUGAAGAAUCCUUGCUUGUACCGAGCCAUGCGUGAGAUUGGUCUCUAAAUGAGCCACAAUCCCUUUCUUAACGUCCUUUUGUGUGCGUUUAAAAAGAACACAACAACAAAAAUCUACUAAAAAAAAUGAUAAAUGAUAAAAACGAAUACAAAAAAAAAAAAGAAACGUUGCUGAACUAGCAAAUCAAAUAUUUGAUUCAAAAUACAUAUACACAUGAAUAAAUAAUAAAAGAAAUAAGUAAAUAAUAAUGCAGUUAAAGAUUUGGAUACAUUUUGCUGUUGCCAAAGAACAACAGUCAACAGUUCCAACUAUAGAGUUUACCUAAAGAGACCUACAUCACGAAAACUGAAUAGAAUUUGAAGCCAACCAAACCCAAACAACAUACCACAUACAUACAUACAUAUAGUAAAAUAUACCAUAUCCAAUAUCGUAUUUGUAUAUUUCAUGUAUACUCCAUAGUUAUAUUUUGUUUUCGCCAAGCAGUAGGCACCAGAUAUAGUCACAUCCGCUGUGUUUAUUAAUUUAUGGAACGCACAUUUAAUAAAUCAAUAUAUUAUAUGUAUGUAUUCUUAAACAAUAUACAACAAGCAGAACUUAUAAUCGACAAAUAUUUAAAAAAAGAAAAAUAACAAAAAAAAAAAAAUCAAAAAUCAUAUUCCUAAAUGUAUAAACAGUUAUUAUGUGUAAGCGUUCCAACAAAAUGCGAUUUAUUAUUAACAAAAUGAUCCCCAAGAUAAUGCUCAUUGGCAGCUUUUAAUAUUAAAUAUGACCGAAAUAAUGCUUCAGAGACUAAGACAAAACACAACAACAAAGAAAAAUGAAAAUGAAAAAAUAAAUAGAUAAAAAUAAACAACAUCAAGUGAAAAUCAAACAAAAUUUUUUGAUAUAGUUUAAACAA